GUCCCCAUCGUUGCCUCAACUGGUGGACUAGUUGACACAGUUAAAGAAGGUUCCACAGGUUUUCAGAUGGGAGACUUCAAUGUCGAUUGCGAUGCUGUGGAUCCUGCAGAUGUAAAUGCAGUGGCGACUUCAAUCAAAAGAGCUCUUAAGACCCAUGGCACCCCUGCUUUGACCCAGAUGAUCAAAACCUGCAUGGCUCAAGAUCUUUCCUGGAAGGGACCUGCAAAGAAGUGGGAAGAAGUGCUAUUGAGCAUGAGGAGUGGUGGUGGCAGCAAGCCUGGACUUGGAGGAAUCAGAGGCGGAGAGGAAACUGCUGCUCCUCUUCCUCUUCCUCUUGCCAAGGAGAUGGUGGCCACUGCUUGAUUAGUGUUUGUGUUUGCCUCCCUUGAUUAGUAAAAAGUUACCGCCGUACGUUCUGUGACUUGUUGUAAGCUAAAGUAGAAGGUUUGUGCAA